CGGGCCGCAGAGCCUUGUGUGAUGUGGUAGGUGGAGGGUGCGCGUCGCGUGAGCGUGCGUCUCGACCGUCGCGUCGGUGACGAACGGUGACCGGUGUGUGACGAUUGGUGACGAUUGGUGACAGUUGGUGACGCCAGGACGUCCGAGUGGUGUUCGGGGAGCGGGGACGUCGGCGAGCGACUCGCCAGUCGGAUUUGAGAACCGCCAAGGGACCGGCCAGUGAACAGACCGAGUGCGUUCGAUUAUCGGACAAACUGUGGCAGCCAGAGGGCCCUCUGCUUCGCUCAGGCGAUGAGGUGGGGGGCAGCAUCUUAAAACUGGAUCCCUCGCAAGAAAUGAUUGAUUGGAACUCGGGCUCUGGCCAGCAGCAGCUAUCAGUGGUGACCACAGUAUGGGGCGGCCCCGGUCAGCAACAAGCUCCGCCCACCAGUGCCAUGCAUUUCCCGAAUAAGGGCUACGUGUCGCAGCACAGCGGCGGGGCCCCCGGCUACCAACGCCAGCAAGGGUAUAACCCUGGCAUGGGACAACCGAAUGACCUGAACGCGGCAGCAAUGGUAGCGGCGGCAGCCACGGCCACCGCCACAGCCACGGCCUCUGUUGUCGCCCUUCGAGACCGUAACGACCAGUACGGACAGAUGGGUGGCCAGAUGCCGAACUACGGCGGCCAAUUCGGCGACGUUCAGCGGCCCAUGGUGAACCAGAACAUGAUGAACAUGAACAGCAUGAACAGCAUGAACGGAAUGAACAGCAUGGGACCGAUGGGGCCCAUGACCAGCAUGGGUCCGGGCCCCAUGAACGGCAUGGGUCCCGGACCCAUGGGCCAGGGCAUGCAAGGCAAGAUGGGCAUGCAAAUGCAGCAGGGGAUGAUCCCUAACGGGAUGUAUGUGCGCGGUAUGAACCCGAGUAUGAUGGGCGGACGGGCGGCGCCAUACCCGAGUCCAGCUAUGCAUAUGGCACAGAAGAGGGCAGGGCAGUUCCCCGGCGCAAUGCCCGCACAGUACGGCGGAGCGCAGUACGGAGCGGCGCACCCCCAGAUGGCUCAGAGGGGCGCUGCGAACCAGUACGGCCAGUACCCCGUGCAGCAGCCGCUACCCUCGCAGUUCCCUCCCAACCAGGGCGGCCUCCGACCAGGCAUGAGGCCAGCCUCUCCCUACGGCGGCCCCAUGGGCGGCCAAAUGCCCUACGGCAACGGCAACCAAUACUCCGGGAACGGCAACCAGUACUCCGGCAACGGCGGCAACUUCUAUGGCAACAUGGAGGGCGCUGGAGGCGCGAUGACGCCACAGAUGACCGGAGGGGUCAUGAACAACGGCACCAUGGGUCAGAUGCCCGCGGGGGCGGGGAUGACCGGAAUGGGAGGCAUGAACCCAGCCGGAGCGAUGCCCGGAGCCGCAGGCAACAUGCAGCAGCAACAGCAGCAGCAGCAACAGCAACAACAGCAGCAGCCGCAGCAACCGCCGCAGCAGCAGCAGGGCCAACAAGGCAUCCCCAGGCCAAUGUCUGGUAACGCGAUGAACUACCAGCACUCGCCGAUACCUGGCAACCCGACACCUCCUCUGACUCCGGCGGCCGGCCUGCCGUACAUGAGUCCGGGCACCGACACCAAGCCCAACAUGAUGAUGAUGAACUCCUCCAAAGACGACGAGUUGCGGCUAACGUUCCCGGUUCGGGACGGUAUCGUGUUGCCACCGUUCCGGCUGGAACACAACCUGGCCGUCAGUAACCACGAGUUCCCGCUCAAGCCCACUGUGCACCAGACACUCAUGUGGCGGUCGGACCUAGAGCUACAGCUGAAGUGUUUCCACCACGACGACCGGAACAUGGACACCAACUGGCCGGCGUCAGUUCAGGUCUCGGUCAACGCGUACCCGCUCAACAUCGACCGGGGCGAGUACAAGAGCACCCACCGGCCGCUGAACCUGAAGGAAUUCUGUCAGCCCGGCAGGAACACCAUUCAGAUCACGGUCACCGCCUGCUGCUGUUCUCACCUCUUCGUCCUGCAACUGGUGCACCGGCCGAGCGUACGGAGCGUGCUACAGGGCCUACUGAGGAAGCGUCUGCUUCCUGCUGACCACUGCAUCAACAAGAUCAAACGGAACUUCAGCUCGUCAUCACUUAGCGGGGCGAAUGGGGGAGAUGGAGACGGCGUGGAACAGACGGCCAUCAAGAUAUCGCUCAAGUGUUCCAUCACUAUCAAGCGCAUCACGUUGCCGGCGCGAGGUCACGACUGCAAGCAUGUGCAGUGUUUCGACCUGGAGUCGUACCUGCAGCUGAACUGCGAGCGGGGCGCCUGGCGUUGCCCCGUCUGCGGGAAGCCGGCGCCCCUGGAGGGUCUGGAGGUCGACCAGUACAUCUGGGGUAUCCUCAACUCCUUGCAGAACUCUGAUGUGGACGAGGUCACCAUUGAUGCCUCGGCCAGCUGGCGUGCCAGCAACGGAACAGCCGUCAAAAAGGAGGAGCCCGACAGUGAUCGGGGGGUCAGUCCGUGCACCAAACAGCAGCAGCAGCGACUGAAGGCCAUCAGUCCGGCCUCUAUGCAGAUGCCGACCAUGUCGAGCUGGGAGGGCGCGCAGAGCAUGUCGCCCUACUGCCCGUACCCGCCGGAUAUGACCAGUAUAAACAACGGCUCGAUGAUGCCCUACUCGUCCGGUGGUGGCACCUCGAGCGGACCGGUCUCGUCAUUCAGCGGUCCGGGCGGGGGCGGCCCGGGCGGGGGCGGGGGCGGCGGUGGUCCGGACUCGUCCGAGCCCUCGGCGCUGAGCCAGCUCAGCGAGUCUGUCAGCAGCCUGGACCCGCUGGCGGCCAUGGAGAAGAGCAUGCAGGAUACGAUGGGAGGUAUGACCGGUAAUAGCGGCAACAAUAGCAACAACGGCGGCAGCGGCGGCAGUGGCGGCUCCAGCCUACAGUCUCAGGGGGGCGGUCAGGCCAGUCACACCAUGCCACACACGCCCAUGACGCCCGGGAGCUCCUCCUCGUCGACGACGUCAUCGAGCGGUCCGACUGCGGUCACCUCCUCCGCCGGCUCGGGCGGUGAAACGCAGACCACCUCCGGUGGCGGCAGCGAGCCCCAGCUGCCCGACCUCAGCGGCCAGCUCAACUUCGACCCGUCGGAGAUCGUCGAUGGCGACAGUCAAGGCGGUCCUGAGGCGCUCGAUUUGUACCCGGACACCAGCGUGGAUCCGAUGGACCUGCUCUCCUUCCUGGAGCCUCCCGACCUGGCCACGCCGCCCAGCUCCGGAGGCUCGGCCUCACAGGCGGGCCCCACCGGCGGUGGAACGCCCUCCAGCAGCGCCACAGCGGAGGAGAUUCUCAGCCUCUUCGAGUGAAGCCGCCAGGGUGGAUCUCGUGGUGCAAGCUGAGCGUCAUGUCUUCGGAUGUGACCUUGGACUCUGGGGACGUGUGGCCUCUUGAGUGAACGCUGGUCUCUGUGGGGAAGCUUGGUCUCUUCGAGGAAAGCUUGGUCUCUUCUAGGGGAAACCCGAAAAGUUGGCUCUCUGGAAGAAGGAAGUGCAGUCUCGGUGAAAGAAGCCACGUCUCUGGGAGCUUGCAGCCUGCGUUGGUCGGUGGGGACUCAUCGGUGAAACGUGUACAGUUCCCGAUAGGAGGAUCCUCCAGCACGGAGACCUUCGAUGAGUUGCCGCGGCAGGCUCCGUCUCGCACGGGGUGCUUCACAAUGGGAUCUCUCGAGUGAGGAUGUCUAAGCGAACGUUUCUCGUCGAGGACAUCUUCGAGUGCGGGCCUUCGGGCGAAGUAAUCCCCGAAGUGUUCCGCUGGUGACUCGCCUCCGGGCGAAGAACUGGUCCUCAAGUGAGGCAGCGAAGACUGGAGACUCUGUCUCUGUGCCACGAGACCCUUGGUCAACGCCCGGAGACGCCUGAAGAACGUUGCGUGAAAACGUCCGGAGAUCUCUUGACCACCGCAGGCAUGACGAAACGGUCAACGAAGCCUUGGAUGGCCCUGCGACGUCCGGCGACAGACUGGGUUCGAACGUUAUCCUGGAGGAGGGGAACGUCGUCCCAAAGUGCUCGGAAUCCGGCGGGUAACCCCGGAACGCCACGGCCAACCUCAGUCGACGGAAGUCGAGGUCCUGGCCAGCGCUCCGCGAGGUCCCGGCAGACGCAGCGCCAGCGUCCGGAGAAAACAUCGACUGGCGGCCACGUGGCGAGCGCUCAUUGGCCGUCUGCGGCGUCGGAACGCGCUGAUUGGCUCGGCACGUCAGGCGGCGUCGGUGAUUGGUCGCUGCCGCGGCUAGCGGCGCGCUGAUUGGCCAACGGCCUGCAGAGCAACAACUGCCGGCACAUGUCGGAUAGUGCAAUAGUUGACCAACGCGCCCCGGCGCUGGUGGGAGGCCACGGAUCCGAGAAGCUGCUUGUGAUAUAACACAGUAGGUAUGCAAAAUGUUCCUGUUGAAUGCGCCGGUAUAGUGUCAACGUUUGCGCGGUGUGAUGAUCAUGCUGAUGUUGUGUGGCAGUGUGCGGAUUGUGUGUAUUUGUGCGAGUGUGUGUACUGUGUGCGGUGUGAAAGUAUGCGGCGGGGAUGAUGCGUGGAAAAGGUGCGCGACGCACAUUGGGCAACGCUAUUUAAGCUGGUGUAGAAAUCAAAAGACGCGCCGUCGUGUGCGCUCGGUUGCCCAGAAUGUACAAAUUUAGCGUUAGCGUGGCGCGACGAGCAGGGCCAAAGCGGCGCGAGCGCGCGCGCGCGGGAACUGAGCGCGCCGCCGCGCCGCCGGGAUCGGGCCAGUGGCGCGCAUUGAGAAGUCUGUCUGCGUGGUAUAGCUUUAACGAAGGCUGGAGCUCCCGCCUGUCUUUUUGUCCUCUUCCGUCGCGGCGCCGGCCGGCGCAGCGCUCUUUCCUUUCACCAUUCUCUCAUCACCCGGAGUCGUCCGGGGCCGCGCAGGUGCCAUCGAUUAUUAGUUUUCCACCUGUAGAGCACGUGUUUUUAUUUUCUGUCAUCCUCGCGGCAGCUAGCUGAACUCGUAGUUCCCUGACUGUCCGCUGGCGGCGGCACGAUCGCGGCGUCGCACGCGAGCACGUGAGGUGAUGUGCAUGGCCUGAGGAGGCGCGAGUGCGUUUUAGGGACGAUCAUGACAUGUCAACGUGAAAUUAGUACGGUGAAACUGGGCGUGCUUGUAUACACACGCCCACAACCCCUUGUUGGUCGCCAUUUUCUUGUAUCGUUCCCCGCUUUCGUGGAUCUUCAGCAGCUGCAAAACGCGGCUCUACCUAUCGAACGACCCGGUCCUUCAACUCCAGACCUGGUCGGUUCCUAGAGCUGCCCUCGCCGACGGUCAGCGUCCGCCAAUCACGUCUCACCGUGGGUGUGACGUCACCAGUCGUACCGCCGCCAGCCCCUCACACCUCACCGUGUACCAUUGGUCGUAGUGAGACGGAAUACAUAUACUCAUAUGCAAGGUG